AUGGACAUCUUACUGGCCAAAGUCACCCAGCAGGCUAUGAACUAUGCUAUUCGUUCUGGCAUCGCAAUCACAAGCACAUAUGCCAUUCGACAGUGCACAAGACUGGUCAAAACGGCACCCAGAGGAGGCAAGCGGGAAGAGCUGCUCAACCUCCAAGUGCGACUGGAAAGCAAAAUCAGAAUCAUCUCACCAGCCAUCGAUAUGAUAGAGUUGAUUGCGGCUCGUGGAAACACUUCUCUGGAAUCUGCCGUCACUCUGACCAAAGAUUUGCGCUGGGAAAUUCAGGCGCUGGGAAUUCGUCUUGCUAAUGCCGCCAACGAGGAAGAGUUGUAUCGGCGGAAGAGUUCACGGGCAAAGUCAAAAGAGCAGAAUGAGCUUGAGCUACAACUCAUUGUUUCGGAUGUCAGAAAGUUGCUUGCUCGCAUCGAAGAUGCUGUGCCACUGAUCAAUCUUGCCAUCACCACUUCCGGAGUUAACUUGUCCACAAAUCUNCCCGCUACAGUUUCGCCAUCUCGCCUCUUGCAAGCCAGCACUUUUCUCACAGCAGCAGACUCACAGUAUACUGCAGCUCUUGGACAAAAUGUUCAAGUCGGUCCAGUCUAUACACUUUCUGUAUACAUGCUCUUCGCCAGUCACACCAAUAGACCGCAUGAUGAGGAAACUGCCCGCGAAGCUACAUGGAAGGAGGUCAUUCACAAAGCCAGAGUCAAGCUGGUGCGUGUACCACUGGACAGUCUGUACAACUUGCCCGGGAACUUGACAACCCCGAGCGGGGCACGCUACUUUCCUAGGGAGUUACCAUCUGAUAACUCAUCAGUUGAGUAUGCCUACCAGCUGGUUGUGAUUGAGGACUUGGACGACGACAGAGUACACACCUUCGAAGAAGACGAACCUCAACCUGGUCCNUUCGAAGAAGUCGCUCUUGCAGGCAUUCGAGAUGUCAUUCCCAUCCACGAGAUCUCCAAGAUAUUCUACGCGGAUACUGGCAAGAUUCUCAACAUUGGCUCUGAAGGCGAGACCAACAACCCCAUCCUCCUUCUCAAACGCGACAUCCAUGCAGAACCACCGAGACGCAUGAUGGAGAGACGAUACACCGAAGAUCAAGAUUACUAUGACGAUGACGAGGAAGAUGAACGACCACAAACACAAGAGAGUGACGAUACAGACUUGGACGAACAAGCACAAAUCAAUGCCCAGCUCCUGCAAGACUCAACAUCACAGCUUCGAAGCGAAAUGGAAGAGGCAACAGCACAACACGACCCUGAUGCUCACUGGCGGCUUCCUCCAGAUCUAGACCCAGAAUGGAUAGCCUUUGAAGUCUACACCGAAGAACCUCCCUCCGACGAUGAAGAUGAAGAAGACACAUCAACUCCAGGCCCUACCACCACACCUCGGCCUCGUCAAGCCUCCCUAGACCCCUCUCUCACCAACGGUCUCUCCUCCCUGAAUCUGCAGUCCUCCUCGCCAACCACACCUUCAAACCAGCAACUUCUUCUCCCAUCCCCUUCNCCCUCAACACCCCAAACCACCAUCCGCACAUCCUUGUCUUUGCUCGAAAUGCUCAUCCGCCUCACUGCCCUCCAACAAUUCCGCCAGUCCUCACACCUAACCAUCGAAGACGAACUCCUAAACUUUUUCCUCGAAGACAGCGCAACCACCGGCGCAGGCUCUAAUGCCGAGUACCGUCAACGCGUGCGCAGAGAUGCGCGUCGCAGAGUAGGCUUCGAUCCCUACGACGAAAGCCCAAUCAAAAGACGCGGAGAGGAAUACUUGCAACAUCCUCGGAGUGGCAAUACACCAGCAAGAACCUUUGCAGCAGAGGGGGAAAGCGAGUAUGAGAGGGGAUACAGGGAGGCGAGUGAGGGGUUAGGGUGGAGUGGGGAGGUGAGGCAGAGUAUAGAGUAUCCUGGGUACUUUUCGGGACAGAGGAGUUCGAGUAGUAUGCCGUCUAGUCCUUCACCUAGAGGAGUUACGCCUUCGAGGGAGAAGGCAAGUCAGAGUCCUGGGGCGCCGGAGCAGAAAGGCAGGAAAGGUGUUUUGAGGAAGAGGGAAGAGAUGCCUAAAAGUCCGCUUGGAAGACAGAGUCCGAGUUCGUGA